GGCACGGCCAGUAGAUGCUGCAAUUUUAUGCCCCUUGGUGUCCAGCGUGCCAACAGAUUGAAGCAGCAUGGGAGAAUUUUGCAAAAGAAAGUGAACAUCUAGAUAUCACUGUAGGAAAAGUGGACGUCACUCAAGAACCAGGUUUGAGUGGCCGUUUUUUUGUCACCACACUUCCUACUAUUUACCAUGCAAUGGAUGGAGUAUUUCGCAGAUAUCGUGGCUCAAGGACGUCGGAAGACCUUCAAGGCUAUAUCUUAGAGAGAAAAUGGGAAGCUGUAGAACCUGUAGCUGGAUGGAAAUCCCCAUCUUCUAUAAUGAUGCAUGGAAUAGCAGGUCUUUUUCAUUUCUCUGGAUGGAUCAGGCAAAUUCACAGCUACUUCACAGGCACUCUUGGAAUUCAUGUCUGGGGUUCUUAUGCAAUCUUCAUUUUAUCCACCCUGUUGAUUGGCCUGAUCCUGGGUUUGAUAUUGGUUUUGAUUGCAGACUGCCUUUGCCCUUCCAAGCCUAAGUACAGAGAAGAAGCAUCUGUAGAGUUGAUUGAAAAGGAGAAUGCAGAGCUUACAGCAGUAGAAGAGGUGGAAGAAGCUGAAGAAGAGUUUUCAGCAAAUGAGUUAGAAGAGGCUAUCGAGGAAAAGAAGGACAUUUCAGAUGGGGAAGAUGGAGCCAGAUCAAGUGAAGAGGCCAAUUCAAGUGAGGAUGGCUCAGAAGAGGAGGACUCUGCCGUUGAUGAAGGAUCAGGGACAGAAGAGACAGAAGACAUCUGUGAACAACAUCCAGCUGAUUCGGAGACCCAAAGCUCAGUAAGGCAACGUAAAAGCCAGGUGGCUGACAAUGGACUAUAGUUUCCUUGGUGUUUUCCAUAAACUCGGACCAAAGAAAUAUCUGGGGCCCUUUUGGUCUGCAGCUGAAGCCAAACACUUGAUUUGUAAUUUGUGUUUACGUAAAGCAAAACCUUUUGCUCUUCAUCAGUUGGCUUCUUUCUUUUUUCUAAGCCAAUAUUCGCUCAUAGACUCUCAUUUUUAUAAGCACGCCUUUAUAUAUUCAGUUAGCCAUGACAAUCAAAAUAAGUAUGAUUUGAUCUACUUAGAGACUUAGGGGCCAGGGCACAUGACCACUGGGAUGAAAGACUUGGUAAUGAGAUGCUUGUGCUCCUUUAUAGACACUGCUCUAAGCAAGAUGAGGCAAGAGAAUUUGAAUUCACAAACCUACAUUAACAAGAAGUAGCUUAGCAGGAAUCUUGACUUCCUUUUCUUUCUGUCUGAAUAUGUUCCUUAAAUGCCAUAAUAACAUCAGGCAUAUCAUAAAACAGCAGACAGAGACACCUUAAUUGUCUUUCAUUAAAACAGCUUUGUGUUUUUUGAUUUUGCGUUCAUCAGCUCAACUGAAGCACCUUCAUUAUGUUGCUUUUUUUCUUUUUUUCCCCUGCUGAAUAGUUAUUUUGGAACUAUACCAUAAUAUUAUAACAGUGACUAGUUUUAUUCUAUGCUUGAGGAGCACCCAAAGCAUCUCAGCUGUUGAUUAUUCAAAGGUAUAGUGCACAAGUCAGGUUUAUAUCAGCUGGUGAUUUUAAUCAUUUAAGGGGUUUAGAUCAUCAAAAACUGUCGGCUAUGGAACAUAAACAACUAGAUGCUUAAAAUGACAUGUUUGAACCUUGGAGGUUGGAAGGGAAAUGGUUUAGUGAGAGCAAGGAAUUUUUGCCGAAGUGUAGCCUUUUUCCUUUAAGAUAUUGCAGUGAGAAGUAUUUGUGUCUAAGACAGUAAAUGCCAUAUUUCUUACCAAUACAAGCUAGUCAUAUACAGAGAACUUCAGUGUUUUUUUUGCUGUUUCCAGCCCAGAGUAGUUGGCAGUGAGAACUGCUUUAGCAAUAUUAACUGAAAAACCACUUAUGGUUUCACCUCUAGUGCGCUGGCUUUAAUGACGGAAGUAGUGGGGGAAAAAACACAUCAGGAAAUUAAAGAAAUAGUUUUUGGUUACACAGCUGUCUUUUGUCUACAUAGAUAUGCAUGUAUCAAAUUGCACAAAGUGGAAAUGGCUCAUUAGCUAAUCUACUGGCAACACCUCAUGCUGUCAAGUUUAUUCAAGAAGUCUGCAUUUUAUUCAUUCUAGUUGGCAUGACUUAUAUUAAGAAUUUUUUUUUAAUAACCAUAUCCCAUUUAAGUGAAUGAAUAUCUGAAGGAUAAUCCUGUACAUUCCCACUUUGGCAGCAUGCUGAUCCAGAUUGCACAAUAAGAAGCAGAAAGGCGGUUUCCAUCUUUCUUAUUGCAUAUUUAAUUACCAUAUUGCAUAAACCCGGCCGUCUAGCAUUAGUCUCUUCAUUUCCUUUUGUGAGAAAAGGAGUAUUCUGUGAGAUUAAUAUGGUUGUCCCCUUGUGUUAGAAAAGGGAUAUUACCAGUGCACAAAGAUGAUUUCUUGGAGACAAUCAGUCUUGACAGGGCCAGUUUACAUCUGUCUUGGGAGUUGUUUUACUGUUAAUGCAAAGAUUUUAUUUAGCAGAAAGCAGUCUAACUUACUGUAGUUCGCUGUUUUUUAAAUGUUUCCAAAUGUACAACAUUUGCUAAUCGAAUAUAAAUCCUACAGUCAUAGGACCUGAUUCUGGUCUGUUGUACAAGUGUAAAGCAGGUGUAACUUCACUGAACUCUUGAGCAUAAAGGAGAUCAGGCACCUGUUUUUGAAAAUCUUGACAUAUGGGUGUUGAAAAAUCUAUUAAUCUUGCAAAGAGUUACACCUCUGUCUGCAUUAACUAAGAUUUUAGCAAAUUAUAUAACAAGCUUAUUGCCAUACAAGACGCAGGGAUUACAAGAUGUCAUGAGAAACAACAAAAUACUUAAAUUACAUAAGCUAAUUUCUGGAGUCCCUUCUGUUCAAGUAACUCCCAUUGAAGUGAAGGAGCGUGUCACAUUUCAGGUUUGGGCUGUAGAAAGUGUUCAGGAAAAACCGAAGUCCAAAGAAGACAUGAAACCUCAGUUCUGUUGUAGAUGAAGGGACAUAAAGAAAGUAGGACUCAUGCCACUCUGAGUGAUGAUACAUUCAUUUUAAGGUGUUUCAAACAUCAGGCCCCAUAUAUAGUGGCCCCUUUAUUUCCACACUCCCACUAAUAAGGAAGAUUAGUGCUAACUUUGGUAUGACAUUUGAUCUCUUGUACUUCAACUCCAUUUGCAAUACAGUGGGUCUGAUUAUUGUAUUUAUAGAACACAUCACUUCUCAAAGUGCUGUACAGACAUUAAUAAGACCUCUUCAGCUUUAAGAAUGUCAUGUUCCUUUGUCAAGUAGACUUGCAAUAAAACAGUAGCGGCUCGUGGAGAAAAUCUACUGUUCGGCUUAAGUAACAGGUGGCAUUAUAAAGGGCAAAUUUCUCCUUAAUGAUUAAUGUGAUAACCGUGCAAUAACAGCAGUGUCAGUCCAGAAUAAUAUAUGGAGGGCUUGUACCUUUUCACUGAAAAAUGUCUUCUUAACCUUAAGUCAUGUUAGCAUAGUAUGGAAAUGUUUACGUCAGUAUUAGACUUGCAGUUUUAGCAUUGUCUGUGUUUCUGGGUUAUUUAAAGGAUUAAUACCUCUCAUUUGUGCCAACUGAGAAGACUGUUUGUCAUCUCAUCACCUCCGUUCUCUGUUUUGAUUCAUUUUUACAGAAGUAGAAUUUGUCCUUGCGUUUGGAAUAUAGACAAAUUGUCUUUGAAAAGAAGCUGUUGUUCACACAAUUAGCUGAAAUGGUUUGAGUAAAUGUAGCACCAUUAACGCUGGUAAGAUCUGCUGAUGGGGAGGGCACACUUUCAAAGGGUGCCUAGUGAUUUUGGAUUACCAGUUUAGAGACUUACUUUUCAGAGGCUGGUGCUCAGCAUGUUCUGGAAAUCAGACCCCCUGAAAGUGCCUCAACAUGAGCAUCCAAAAAGGGAGAGAUCCACAAACCAACAAGUCAGUCUUGAAAUGUUAAGGCUACAUUUCUAAAGAGGGCACAAAUGAAGCUUUGCCUUUUCUACUGAUGCUUCCGAUAAAGUUUCAAGUGAAAUACUAAUCUGUGUAAAUCUUCAACUAUAAUUACUCUGUUGGACAACAUUUUUUGUUACACAGCUUUUUCAUGGAAAUGUUAUGCAAAAUUACUUUUUAUACUAAAAAUUCUGCAAAUUUAAGCCAUGGGUAUUUGUACUGGAAUUCCAUAUAAAUUUUUUUAUUUAUGAUUUGGUUGUGGCUAGUUUUUAUUUUUUAGAACAAUUACAUUUGAUUGAAGAAUCACACUGUGUCUCCAGGUUGCAUUUGUAAAUAGUUUAUAAAGGAUUAAUAAAUUAAGAUGUUUUAAUGUUUAAUCAGUUAGUUUUACAACACCUGCUGAUGUUUAAAGCCAUCUAUAACAUACAGUGGUGGUUAUGACAUGCUUAUAACAUUUAUACAUCAUUCUUAACCCUUUAAGUGUACCAUAGAUAUGAAACCAAUUUAAUACUGCAUUCUCCUGACAAGUAUCUCUGCAAACCCAGUUAUGAAGUUGAUAGAAGUAUUUUCCUUAACCAAAAUCAGGGGUAGAAAUAAGAGAGCCUAAGACAUAGUUGUUAUUUUUUAAAGCAACAGACUUUGUAAUCCCAAAUGGCUCAGUAUAUUGAGAUGAGACGUAAAAAAAAAUGUGUAUUCAGUAAGGAAACAGAAUUCUUGCAAUGCUCUGAAAUGCUGACUGUAUUUAUUCUCUGUGGUUGAAAUUUGUAGUUUCAUGUUUUGGUACAGAGUUUAAAGCUCACUCUUUGUUCAUUCAAAGAGUUGCUAAUAUGGGCUGAAAUUUCAAGUGAAAGUAAGACAGCUCAUGGGUUCUAAUAUUAAUAUGAAACCAGGUUGCAACUAAAAUGUCUCUUUAAGGUUUUGCAUUUUUCUAAUCCAAAACACAGUGAAACAUGAGAUGCAAACUCAUGCAUAUCAAAAUAUUCUCAUAUGCCCUUUGGGUGAAGGAUCUGAGUUUUGUGAAGCUGUCACUCUUUCACUUGCCGUAGAUGAAUGAUCUUUCUCUUUAUAUCUGGGCUGCAUGUUUCUCAAAUUAGACCCAUGUGGCCUUUGUGAAGGGGUUUGCUAUCUUAACUAAGUUUGGUUUGAAGUGUCUCAAAGUCAAAUGGCCAGUGUGUGUUUGGUUAUAAAUCUGACGUCAAAUGCCUCUCCUUCAUUUUGAAUCCAUGCUCCAUCCCUCUUUGACUUAAUUGACUUCCAGAGAGACUUUCAAAUCCAGGUAUCGAGGCUAAAGCUGUCUGCAUUUGAGGUUCAGCAUGAAUAUUUUCUACAGCUCCAUGGUUUGAAUCUCAACAUCAAAUGUUAGAAUCUUGUUCUCCACUAUAAUAAAGCUGUGGCUAGCUGCAAUGCCAAAGGCCAGUGUGCAGUCAGCCUGAAAGCACUACCAUCCUAGAAGUUAAUAAGGAGCUGUUACCAUUUAUUCAGAGUCUAAACUCUGAGCCUAAGUGAAAUAUCGAGGACAAAGAUCUAUUCAGCUUGGUAAGUGGCUCAAUAGUGCAGGUAGGUAGGGAUUUCCUCACGCCUCAUCAUUGCUUACCACAGCUUCUCAGGCACUCAUUAAACUAUCUGGGGGCCGAGAGAGAAUGCUUACUAAGUAACUGAAGCACUCUCAACUCUUUAUCAACACAUAUGAAAUAUUAAUUCAUUAUUCCCUCAGUGUUUCAUUAGACAGGCCUGCUUUGUGGAAUGGAGAAGGCCAUAUUUUUUUUUAAAUAACUUUUUUAGUAGCUGUUUCCUUGACUAGUAUAUGUGGUCUU